AUGGCGGUGGCCUUGCUCGGACUCGCCAUGGCGGCGCAUCUGCUGCAUGUGGGAGUUCACGGGUCGCCUGCAUGCUUCCUUCAGGCCCCUCGAGGAGAAGUUUCCUUCCUGUCGCUAGCUUCAAGAGCAUCUGUUUGCCCUAGAGUACAAGCAAGGGGCAACAUCGUAGCUCAGAAAUACGGGAAGGCUCGGAUAGGGAGCAGUGGCAGGCAGGCGAUGAAGGCGCUGGGGCUGAGCAUGGCGGGGAGCAUGCAGAAGUCGGAGAUCAAAGACUUUCUUACCCAGCGCGCCCUUCAGAACCUUCUCUUCAUCCUUGGGGACCUCGGCAGGGAUGACAUCACGGCCAACUGGCUGGAGCGCUGGAACGGGCACGAUGGUCUCAAGAAGUACCACGGCUUCAGGGGGCUAAAGAUGGACUGGCACUGCUACCUCUCGACUCUGAUCCGCACACCUCCUGAGAAGAUGGUCGUGGAGUUCAAGAGGAGAGGAGCAGGAGUGGGAGGAUGGAGCAAGGACAACCCUUACCUGCAGAACCAUGUGUAUGAGUAUGAAGUUACGGUGGAGCCUAAAGUCCUCGCGGAACGAAUGAUGUGA